CCUUUCAGUUUGAUAUCCAAGAGAUCUGUGAUGACUUUGAGAAGGGAUUGAUGAAAGCUCUCUAGUAUGUCAGCAAGAGCCACAAGAAGAGCACAUCCACAUGUGCACCAGUAGCUGAGCCAUCCUUGUUCAUCAACAAGAAACCCAAAGGUUUUUGAGGAAGAGCCAUUGGACUAUCCACAUCAAGGGCCACGUCUUGACUCUGGUGAACCCUUGGAUGAAGAUCUAGGUCCUAUCUUUGAUGAGGAGGACGAACCUGGUCCAGUCUUUGAUGAGGAAGCAACAAGCAUCACAUCCAUAGCUAUGGAGAGUAAUCUAUGCUUUGAUCCCGGCACAUCUCCUCCCCCUUUGUCUCCUGAUCUUCAAAAGCACUGUGAGAACUCUGAUUUGUUUAAUUCUCUGCCUGACAUGUUUGUCAAGAUUAGUUCUCAUGAUGUAACUCGUUUUGGUCUUGAAAAGAUGAAAGAAUUUUGUGUUUCGAAAUCUGUUUUUGAAAACAUGAUUAGUUCUUUUAAAAUCUUUAAACCUGAUGAACUUCUUGAUCAUAAAUGUUUUCAAAAUGAUAAAGGCAUCAACUCUGAAAUUAUCUUGACCUUUGAUCAGUUCUUGACACAUAGCAAAUGUUUUGAUCAUUUAGAAGAAACUCUUGAGCUUGAUUUGCAGCCGCCUGAUUUCUAUGCUAGAAAACCGUUUGAUUCAUUUGUUUUCGAAGGCAUUGGCUUUGAUCUGAGUUCUUCUAGACAUACACUGAUCAUUGAUGAAUUGUGUGGAACUUCUUAUGCCUUGGACGGAAUUUUGAUUAAGAAGUUGCUGGAACAGAAAUCACUUGAAACUAAAUCUGAAACUGAUUUUUGUGAACUUGAUUUUUGUGAUUUUGUUUUGCAGCCUGAUAUUUUGUGUUUUGAAACUGAUAAAACUUGGCAUCUUUUGAGAUCAUCUCGUGAUCAUUGUGUUGUUUUGAGCUUUGAUGAUAUUUUGAUUUACAACACAUUCUUUGAUAAAUCUCUUAAGUCUUUGAUAAAUAUUUCUCAAUCUGAACUUAAGCUUGUGUGUUCAGAUGUUGAGCAGGAUAUGCACGUUCUGAAAAUGUCUAAUAUUGUUGCAUGUCUUGAGAAAAAUUUGGUCUGUAAUAUCUACUUUGAUGAGCACCUUGAAAGGCUUAGAUAUGUGCUACUUGUUCUUGGAAAAGAUAUUUUGAUGUUUGAUUUGAACAAGUAUCUCUCUUGCACAUUUGAUCCUGGUCUUUUAAUGUUUGUUUUGAGUAUCCAGGAAAUACAGGUUCUACCUCUGAGGAGUGAAAGCAUUGAUCGUAUCCAACAGCCUGAGAAUUGGAACUGCAAUGUUCAAACCGGUUACCUUGGAGAUGCCAGCGACAUAGGUUCAGUCCAAAGCGAAUAUCUCGGCAUCCAGAAGGUCUUUCAACUUGACUCCAAUUUUCCUAGAAAGCCAACUCCGCAAGGAUUCACUGAGGCUUGGAAUCACUUGCAAAUCUUCACGGAGGAAGGAGUUAUGAAUUUUUCAAACAGGCGGUUUUUCAAUCCAUCUAUCUGCGAGUACCCAGCUUUUGAAGCAGAUUCAAGCCUUGUGAAGAAGCGGCCUGAGCCAAAGCCGAUCAUAGGAUUCAAGAUGAAUCUCUCCUCAUUCCAGAAAGCUCAAUAUCAGGAAAUAUGGCCACGAAAUCAUGAAGUUAUGAUCAAUUCUCCAAAACCGGUCAAACCUGCUCUACACUUGCUUCAAUGGGAAGCUAGCCGAUCCAAUCAGCUUCAAACCCGACCUUGGCGACCAGGAGAUCAAUUUACACAGUCAGUUCUGUCCCAAACCUUUCUCAGAAAUGUCUUGGAAGCUAAGUGUUCACUUUCUUCUUUUUAUUCUAAUAUGGUGAUUGAAAAUAAACAGUCUUGUGAUGAAGUUAACCAUCUGGAGCCGGUACAGCCGAGUAGUCUUGUUUCUUUGUCCCAGGAACUGAAGCUGUUGGAGCAAUCUGCCAGCACUGAGACAAAGAUGGAAGCAAGCAGAGGAGGAGGACUCAACACUUGUGUUCUUAGAACAUGGAACUGGAAAUACUUGAGGAAAGCAAGUGCAAAACUCCAAGGAAGUUUCUCUCCAAAUUUUUCCUUCAUUAAAAUUUUCAUGUUUUUAGAAUUCUUUUUGUCUAAUUUGUUUUCUUUUGAUUCAGGUAAAAUGGAUUUGAGGACAAAUCCUUUUGAAGAGGGAGAGUAUGAUAGAACCAAGAUCGAGCACUGUCCUGCUUGGUUCAUGGACAUGGCCCAAGGUGGCGCUCUUGUCGUCCAGCUCGACCCAACCGAGGUUUUCUCAUCAGAUUAUGCCAAUUCUCUUAUCAUCUAUGCAAUCUUGGAUGAGCUGAAUACUCAAGUGAGCUGGACUAACACUCACCCGGACGAGCUGAGCAAGUUGGUUCGAUCUUCCGAGCUGUUUCGACCAUCAAACCACCCGAGAAGCAACACAGACAUACAAUCAUUGUUCGAAGCAUAUCUUCUAAACCAUGAUGUUUCUUCGCUUGAAACCACUUGGAGAAUAAGCUAAACUGAAUUAUGGAACUCCUCGAAGAAAUAUCAGAUCAAACGGAGUUCAGAUGAGAGAGUUAUGCCAUGUACAAAUCAGGUGAUGUUCAGUUCUCGCGAAUUCGGACAUGUGUGGAUUGUCCCGCGUGUGUCCAUAUCCUUCCCAGCAUGGUGUGCACGACCUGAUCAAUACUGCAUGAAUCUGGACAUCUUCAUGAACCUGGACAUUCCAAUGAAUCUCUCCAAGUCUUCAUCAAUUUCCGAGCUUUGACUAGUCUUCUCUUGUUUUCCACACUUUGACUAGAUCUAGUCAAAUAUCUAUUUUCUAUGUAAUGUUUUUCCGCGCUUUCUUUAUUUCUCUCUUUGACUCAAAGUAGUAUAAGUAUGUAAACUCUUUGAUCAAUCAAUCACAUCGAUUUUUCCUUU